CACAACUGUCAAAUUGUGAAUUGAAGGACCAAAUUGAACCAUUUAUUACCUAUAUGAAUUUAUGAAAUCUUUAGAUUGACGUUCAUUUCGAAAAAUGCCAAUAUAUCUACAAUAAUUAAAAGCAAUAGGCAGUAAAAUGAAAUGUCAUGUACCAGGACCAAACGUAAAAGUUUUAGCUAGAACUAUACACGUCUUAGCAAGAUUUGGUGAUGAACUAUACGUCGAAUCUCUGGCCGAUUGUAUAUUGUUAAGAACUCUCAAUGCUGCUGAAAGUGCCUAUGCCAUGGUAAAGUUCAAUAAGAACUUUUUCUCAUACUUUAACUACAACUAUUAUUCGGGUGAUGAUAGUGAAGGAUUAAAAUGUAAAAUUUCUAUGAAAUCAGCAUUAAAUACUUUUAAAUCCCCUACACAUAUGGACAAACAAGUAGAAAAUCUUGAAAUUAAACUAGAUUCAGAGACGUGCAAAUUAAUAUUUCAACUGAAAUGUAAGCAUGGAAUCGUUAAAACACAUUAUGUGUCCAUAUUAGACAGUAAAGCUAUGCAAGCUGUUUAUACCAAAGACUUAGUACCUAACAGGAUAACAUCUUCACAAAGGAUUUUUACAGAGGCCCUUGGCAAUUUUCAAAGUUCAGACGACCAGGUAACAUUAGAGGUAUCAACACAAUCCCUUUUAAUGCGUAACUACGUUGAUGCAAGUGUAGAUUUAUAUAAAAUAAUAAGGACACAGGUCAACAUCAAACCAUCAGAGUUUGAGAGUUAUGUCGUUGGAUCAGACACAACCAUCACAUUUACUCUCAAAGAGUUCAGAGCUUUGUUAGCAUUCGCGGAAGCCCUAAGCCUACCUUUACAACUGCAUUUUGAAGUGACUGGCAAACCGGCAGUGUUCAUUGUACAUAACGGAAGUACCUUUGAAGCACAUUUUGUACUCGCCACAUCAAAACCAGACACAGCAACUCAAGCCACUUCACAAACUAGUUCGAGAGUAGACAAAAAACGUAAAGAAAACUGUAAUCAUUUCAACGAAAAUUCAGCAAAGAAACCACACUUAGAUAAUGAAAUUUCAAACUGUUUGAAUGAAGAUUCACAUUUAUUUAGUAGUAUACCAGAGGAAGCAUUUUGUUCAGAAAGAUUACUAGUAAAUGGAUCUCUUCCACAUAUAAAAGAUUUUGUUGGCCAGAAUAUUGAUAGCGAAGAUAUUCCUGCCUCACCAACAUCACGAAUUAAAAUAAAAUCUGUGUUCAAAAGGUGUUUUGAGAGCACAUUUGAUCCAAAAAAUUUACAAAGAGUAAUCUUGGCCGAAAAUUCUGAUAGUGAAUAGUCAUUCAAAAUGCUAAAUUGAUCUGUAAAUAUUGAUUCCUUAAUUUAUGAUUAUAUUAAUAAUUUUUUUUUUUUUUAAACUGUAAAUGUAUUAUAAAAUAAAAAUAAAAUAACCAUU